GAGCCGCUAGAGGCAGCAGUCAGUAAAUGUUCCCGCCCAUCAACUCGAAAAUAAUUCGUAGAAGAAGCCAGAGACGCUCCUGUGUUAGCCACCCUUGCUAUAGCUAGCACUCCACACGGAAGCACAGUAAAGCGUCAACUGUUUGCAAUUGACUCCACAGAGGAAAGGCCUCGAUUUGUCUGAAACGCAGUGCAAUUAAUUCUUCCACCAUGGCGGAUGGCCGGAUCUAUGUUGGGAAUCUUCCCAUGGACAUCCAGGAGAGGGACAUUGAGGAUCUCUUCUUCAAAUAUGGAAAAAUCCGUGAGAUUGAAUUGAAGAACAAUAGAGGCACUAUCCCCUUUGCCUUUAUCCGAUUUGAAGACCCACGGGAUGCGGAUGAUGCCGUCUAUGGAAGGAAUGGAUAUGGAUAUGGAGACUCCAAACUUCGUGUAGAGUAUCCCAGAUCCUCUAGUAAAUUUGGUCCAAUGGGAGGCGGCGGCGGCGGUGGUGGUGGAGGAGGAGGACCUAGAGCAAGAUUCGGACCCCCAACACGAAGGUCUGAAUUCCGCGUCAUAGUGACUGGAUUACCACCAAGUGGGAGUUGGCAGGAUCUGAAGGAUCACAUGCGCGAGGCGGGCGACGUUUGUUUCGCCGACGUGCAGCGGGAUGGGGAGGGCGUGGUGGAAUUUCUCCGCCGCGAGGACAUGGAGUAUGCCUUGCGACGCCUGGAUCGCACAGAGUUCCGUUCGCAUCAAGUGAGUGGAAGACCUGAUGAAAGCCACCCCCGACUCCGCACCCCCGCUGGAGUGCACUUUCACUGUUGUCCUCGUUUGCAGGGUGAGACCGCAUACAUUCGAGUCUACGAGGAUCGAGGAACCCCCAACUGGGGUCGCUCGCGUUCCCGCUCAAGAUCGAGAAGCCGCUUUUCACCUCCUUACCGAGGAUCACCGCCGCCACGGUACCAGUCCCCUCCUCGUCAUUCUAUGUCACGCCAUAGUCCAACUCGGAGGCACGGACCACCCCACCAUAGUCCGCCACCACGUCAUUACAGAUAAAGGCUCAAUUUGUGAUCUAGGAAACCGAGGAGAAAUUUUUGUAAUCGCCUUUUUUAUUUUAAUUUUUUCUUUUUGUUUACCCACUGGCCGCUUUCAU